AUGACCGCCGACGAUGAUAUGAUCACCGCCGAGGAUUGUUGGACCGUCAUCCACUCACAUUUCGACUCCAAGGGUCUGGUCUCCCAGCAGAUCGACUCCUUCGAUGAAUUCGCCGGCUCGACCAUGCAGCAGAUUGUUGCUGAAAUAGGCGGCGCCACUCCUGCUCACGAUGACGACCCAAACCCCGGCCGUGACCGAUGGGGUAAAUUCGAGAUCUUCAAGAGCAUGAACGAGGAUGACGGCUCUGGCCAGGUGGUGGUGAAGAAGCGAUGGACGGUGACCAUGAAGACGCUGACCGUCAGCGCUGCGGCCAUGACGGAAGGUGACGGUAGCACGCGACCGCUGUUUCCUCACGAAGCUCGUCUACGAAAUUUGACGUACUCGUCUCCGAUGUACCUCGAUUUUUACACAAAGCAGGAGGUCGCCCGGGAGAGAGCCGCUGGUGGACACUUGGACUCGUCAGGCAUGUGGGUGCCACCGGAAGACUGGGAUCCAUCAUCACCAGACGCUUAUGAGACUGUAUGGGAGCUCGAUCCCGACCGGCCACCAGGGCAAGGCGAAUUCGAUGAAGUCUAUAGUCGGAUUUUCAUCGGAAAGUUGCCCAUCAUGCUCAAAUCGAAAAUCUGCACAUUACGGAAUCGGACUGAACCCGAGCUCUACGCUUUCCAGGAGUGUCCUUACGAUCAGGGAGGAUACUUUAUUAUCAACGGUAGUGAAAAGGUCCUUAUUGCGCAGGAGCGUAGUGCGGCCAACAUCGUCCAAGUUUUCCGGAAAAGAGGCUCGCCUACACCUGUCGUUGCAGAGAUCAGAAGUGCAAUCGAAGGCGGUACUCGAUUGAUGAGUUCGAUGUCGGUCAAGCUGCUGGCGGGAAGUGCACAGUCAGGCAAGGGCAAGACGAUCCACGUCUCGCUCCCGAUCAUCAAGGCAGAUAUUCCGUUGGUGAUCGUGUUCCGUGCGCUGAACGUGAUCUCCGACGAAGACAUUCUCAACACCAUCUGCCGAAAGGGCGAUACUCAAAUGCUGGAAAUGCUCAAGCCGUGUUUGGAGGAAUCCGCCCCCAUUCAGGACAUGGAUGCUGCCAAGAAUUUCAUCGGUACUCGUGGAAACAUCACUGGCGACAGGAAGAAGCGUGAGCGUCACGCCGAAGAUAUCCUAGUCAAGGAGUUCCUGCCUCACAUUUCGCAAAGCAAGGGUUGCGAGACACGUAAGGCUUUCUUCUUGGGAUACAUGGUCAAUCGACUGCUGCAAUGUGCGCUCGGCCGUAUCGAUGAGGACGAUCGUGAUCAUUUCGGUAAGAAGCGACUGGAUCUUGCUGGACCAUUGAUGGCACAGGUUUUCCGCCUUAAGUUUGCCCAGCUCGUCAAAGACACCAAGCAGUACCUGACCCGUCAGGUUGAGCAGAACAAGGAGCCUAACCUUGCACUCGCUAUCAAGACUAACAUUCUCACAUCCGGUCUACGAUACUGUCUUGCCACCGGUAAUUGGGGUGACCAGAAGAAGGCUUCCAGUGCCAAGGCUGGUGUCAGUCAGGUGUUGAACAGAUAUACAUAUGCUUCGACACUGAGCCAUCUUCGGAGAACUAACACCCCAAUUGGACGUGACGGUAAAAUUGCCAAACCGCGUCAACUUCACAACACUCAUUGGGGUUUGGUCUGUCCAGCAGAAACACCCGAAGGACAAGCUUGUGGACUGGUGAAGAAUUUGUCGUUGAUGUGUUAUGUCACUGUCGGUACCCCGACGCGACCUCUUGUUCACUUCUUGCAAUCCCGCUACCUGGAACCGCUCGAAGAUUAUGAUCCUGCUGCUAGCCCGAAUGCCACCAAGAUUUUCCUGAACGGUGUCUGGUUGGGUGUCACACACGGCCCGAAUCAACUGGUCGAUAUGUUGCAUGAGAUCCGUAGAAAGGGUGUCAUCAGCUUCGAGGUCACCAUCAUUCGAGAUGUCCGUGAACGGGAGAUCAAGAUUUUCACGGAUGUGGGUCGUGUCUGCCGACCUUUAUUUGUGGUGGACAACAAGCCUGGCUCACCCGGUCGAGGUGGACUGGUUCUCAAGCGAGAACACUUGAAGCGGUUGGAGCAAGACCAGGAAAUGCUUUCCAGCACCGAUGGCAUGAGCGAGGAGGAUCGUCAGAAUUACAUUUACGGCUGGAAGGGUCUACUGGAGGACGGUGUGGUCGAAUACCUGGAUGCCGAAGAAGAAGAGACCGCCAUGAUUAUCAUGACACCUGAAGAUCUCGAAGAGCACCGCAUGCUCCGAUCGGGUCUGCCCAGCUUCGAAGAGUCCAAGGCCGAUCCUCACCGACGUAUCAAACAAAAACCUAACAAGCAUGUGCGGACAUGGACCCAUUGUGAGAUUCAUCCUGCUAUGAUCUUGGGUAUCUGUGCCAGUAUUAUUCCCUUCCCCGAUCACAACCAGAGUCCCAGAAAUACGUAUCAAUCUGCGAUGGGGAAGCAAGCGAUGGGUAUCACCCUGACUAACUACAACGUGCGUAUGGACACCAUGGCGAACGUGCUUUACUACCCGCAAAAGCCGUUGGCCACCACUCGCAGUAUGGAGUACCUGAAAUUCCGCGACUUGCCUGCUGGCCAGAACGCCAUUGUUGCAAUCGCUUGUUACUCUGGUUACAACCAGGAAGAUUCCGUCAUCAUGAACCAGAGCAGUAUCGAUCGAGGUCUUUUCAGAUCCUUGUUCUACCGUGCAUACAUGGACCAGGAAAAACGUGUCGGCAUGCAAGUUGUGGAGGCAUUCGAGAAGCCCGUUCGUGCCGAUACCAUGAGAAUGAAGCAUGGAACGUACGACAAACUCGACGACGACGGAAUCAUCAGCCCCGGUUGCCGUGUUUCCGGUGAAGAUGUCAUCAUCGGCAAGACCGCGCCUAUCCCCCCGGAUGCCGAAGAACUUGGACAGAGGACCAAGUUGCACGUCAAGCGCGACGUCAGUACACCACUGCGAUCUACAGAAAACGGUGUCAUUGAUCAAGUCCUUCUCACCACGAACUUGGAAGGCUUGAGAUUCGUCAAAGUCCGUACGCGUGUCACGAAGGUUCCUCAAAUCGGAGACAAGUUCGCCUCACGUCACGGACAGAAGGGUACUAUUGGUAUCACGUACCGACAAGAAGACAUGCCUUUCUCCGCCGACGGUCUCACUCCCGACAUUAUCAUCAACCCUCACGCUAUUCCAUCCCGUAUGACCAUUGCCCAUUUGGUUGAAUGUCUCCUCUCCAAAGUCGGCGCUCUCAACGGCCAGGAAGGUGACGCCACGCCCUUCACCGACGUCACCGUCACCUCCGUCUCCGAAAUUCUGCGCGACCACGGCUUCCAACAGCGCGGUUUCGAAGUCAUGUACAACGGCCACACGGGCAAAAAGCUCAACGCCCAAAUCUUCCUCGGCCCGACCUACUACCAGCGCCUGCGCCACAUGGUCGACGACAAAAUCCACGCCCGCGCCCGUGGCCCUCUGCAGAUCCUCACCCGCCAGCCGGUCGAAGGUCGUGCGCGCGACGGCGGCCUGCGCUUCGGAGAAAUGGAGCGCGACUGCAUGAUCGCGCACGGCGCGUCCGCAUUCUUGAAGGAGCGACUCCUUGACGUCUCGGAUGCUUUCCGCGUACACAUCUGCGAAAUCUGCGGUCUGAUGACGCCGAUUGCGAAAUUGAAAAAUUCACAAUUCGAAUGUCGUCCUUGCCAGAACAAGACGAAAAUCGCCCAGAUUAUCAUCCCGUAUGCGGCGAAAUUGCUGUUCCAGGAACUCGCGGCUAUGAAUGUCGCUACUCGCAUGUUUACGAAUCGGAGUGGAGUCAGUAUUCGGUAG